UUUGUUUUGGUAAAACACGUGUGUUUGUUUAUUAUUUACAUCAACACGUGUUUUUUAGAAUACCUGUAAUGUUUACAAUAUAUUCCAUUGGACAAUAUUUUGUCGCAUUGCGACUUAAAAACAGGUAUUCUAGGUAUCGUAUGAUUUUGGCCCGUGUUUCUCGUGCUUGUUGUUUGAUAUAAAUUAAAUGGAAUUUAUAAUGUCAUCAUUCGAAGUUCUGCCUUACGCUGGAUAGCAUACGCCGUACUACUGCAUUGCCUGUAUUAACACUAUGACAGACCACCGUUCCGAAGACGAAGACGAAUUGCUACUACACGAGUCCUCAACUCCUUCCGUUCUUAACAGAGAAUUUGCACCUUCUAGUUUGCCAGUACAAGUACCGUCGACAGCAAACCAACAAAGAGCACCACAGCCACAGAUAAGUGACGGCACAUUUCAACUGUUUACGUCGUAUUUUGAUUCCAAGAUUUCAGCACUGAAGAACGAGUUAGUGACGGGCAACGACUCCCUAGCCACCAAGUUGAAGAAGGAAGCUUCGGUGAAACUAAAGAGCGAAGGUAACCAAAUCCAGUUUAAUUUCAAUUCUGAAGUCCUUUCUGACCUACACAAGCUGCAAAAACGUCUUUCGCAGGAAGAUUUCGUUUCUAUUAAUUUAAUUUCUGGACUUAUCUUAAAGUUAAACAAACGUAAUAAACUAAUCAGAAUAGCCGAUAAAUCUCCCGCUGGUUGGACCACAGUUCGUGAGUACGAGAGUGACGAAAUAGCAUCAGAUUCCGAUGAUGAGAAAAGACUACGUCAAGCUGAAAGCAGAGCACUCAAAACCAUUAAGGAGAAGAAGAGCCGUACAAAACCUUACACUAAGCCUUCAGCUACUGUUUCCAGACCUCCUACUAAUUCUACAGAUAUGUCUCAUCAACAGUACAACCAGCCCUUUCGGAGGAACAGUCGCCGUGAGGCGACUUCCUAUGACAUGUGCUAUGAAUGCCACCAGUUUGGUCACUGGAGGACAAACUGUCCCAAUAGAAGCAACAAGCAAUUUACAAGAAACAACCCAGCCACAUAAGAUAAAAGAUAAGUAUCUUAAUUUAGUAGAUGAAUAUUUGUUACAUGGGCACAUGAAUAUACUUUUAGAACACGUUAAGUAUUUUGAUAAAGUUGAUUUUUCAAAAUUGGCCAAAGGCGUCAAAAGUAGUUUAUCAAAAAAUGUAGCAUUUUGGGAGCACAUUGGAGCAAGCAAAUUUAUUAUUGAUACUAUAAAAUCAGGGUAUAUGAUUCCUUUUGUGAGUUUAC